AGUUCAUGAUUUGUGUUUGAAAUAUACACCAAUAAUUUGUUUAGAAAAUAUAUAAAUUGCAAUUUGAGUUAAACAUAACAUAAAAUAAAUUUUAUAGCUCAAAGUCCUUAUAUAGAUUAUUUUUAAAUUUAUUUAUUUAUUUUGUUUAAUGACUUCGUGCCCCAAAUUAAAUAAAAAUGAGAAUUUUCUGAAAGUUUCAUUACUUUAUCGUUAGUGCAUGACACUAAUUUGUAUUAAAGAUGCACGUCUCAAAGUAUUAUCUUGUGUUGUUGAACAUUUUGUUUUGUGUGCGCGGCCAAAUUAGCGAUAUUAGUGAGAACGAUAUAGACAAUGAACACUCUUUAGAGUUGACCCAGUCCUUGAACUUGGCACGUCAAGAACUCAUUCAAGAUGCUUGCAAGCGGUUCCCUCCUAAAUAUGAUUUGGAUGAGCUGCCUGGUAACCAACUUGAACACAUUUUGAUUGAUGAUAAUCAUAAGUUACUCUAUUGUUAUGUGCCAAAGGUGGCAUGCACAAAUUGGAAGAGAAUCCUCAUGAUACUGGGCGAUAAAUGGAACAGCACAGAUGUGUUGUCAAUACCUGCCAGUGUGCCACAUACCCCUGGAAUGUUCCGGAACAUGAGCACAGUGAGCAAACCUGAAAGGGACUACAUGUUAGAAAACUACCAAAAGAUGAUCAUAGUUAGGAAUCCAUUUGAAAGGUUGCUGUCAGCAUAUAGAAAUAAGUUGGAGGGUGUAACACAAAGUGCUAGAUACUUCCAGACACGCGUCGGACGCCGUAUAAUAAAAGAGUUCCGCGAGAAUCCAUCGAAUGAGUCGCUAGAACUUGGCCAUGACGUGACGUUCAAAGAGUUCGCGCUGUUCCUCACGAACAGCUCCGAGGAGUUGGCGGACGUGGUCAACAAUGAACACUGGCAGCCCAUCACCAACCUGUGCCAUCCGUGCCUUAUAAAGUACACUCUAGUUGGUAAGUACGAGACGCUAUUGGAGGAUUCUCUUUUAGCUCUCAACACUAUCAACGCUGGAUCCAUCAGGUUCCCGCAGCUUACCCACACAUCAGGCACAUCUGACAAACUAUACAGGUACUUCUCUCAGCUGGACCUGCCUCUCAUCAGGAAACUGUACAAGUUGUACAUUAACGAUUACAGGAUAUUCGGCUACGAUCUAGAUAACAUAGUGGGGUUCGAUUUAGGUUAAUAUAAUUUUAUAAUCUUACCGGAUUUAUGCAUUUAUAUUUAUUUUUAUAAACGAAUUACAAUGUAGUAUAUCGUUUAGUCAGGUUUAAUAGUGCCAGUACUAAAUUUAAGGUGCAAUUAUUGUAAUAUAAUAGGUACAAGAAUGUUGUUUUAGUUGUCUUUUUAUAUAGAAAAUACAUGAGGUAGUAUUUGGCAUACAUUUAGUGUAAAAACUAAGAAACCGAUAAUUUCAAUUUAUUGUGUCGUUGUUAACGAUAACAAAAUAUAAAGUAAGCAAUUAAAGUUGUCAGAAUAAAGUAAUAAUUAUUAAACAUUAUUUUACUCAUACAUAUAGAAUCUAAAGGAAAAACAGAUCAAUUUUAUAAAAAUAAUAUAAAACGAUGAUCGAAGGUUUGUCGCAAAGUUGUUGCCCAAUAAUUAAUUUAACCUUUUUUAGUUUUAGUCAAUCGGAAAUAUACUUUUAUGGUGUAUCUCCAUUUUUUGUUUCGUUUAAUUAUACAUACUUAAACAACUGCCACAUGAUCAAGUAACAAAAUAUAUUUUGUAUAAUUAAUUUACAUAUAUAUCUUUAUUAUUUCAAAUAAAUUAAUCGUAUUAAGAUUACGAAUAUCAAAAGUUAAAUCCCUUAUACAAAGUACAUUUACUGUAUCAAGUAUUUAUUUAUGUUGUUUAUUAUGUUAUACAUUAGAUGCAUAAUGAUAGUCUUAUCAUGUAAUCAAAUAAUAAACAAAAUCAACCAUACACUGCCAGUACAAAAAUUAGUAUUGUUAGCAUUUUUUAUAAGAUGGUUUUCUUAAUAAUUUUGACGGCUUCCAUGGUAUAGCGGUUUAGCACAAUGCUUUACGUUCGAUGGACGCAGGUUCGAUUCCUCGCACGGUACAAACAUUUAUAUUCAUGAUUGUUUUCUAUGUAUAUUAUGUAUAUAUGUACAAAAAAAAGUAUUUAUAUCAGUUCUCUAGUACCCAUAACACUAACUGUGUUAAUUAUCCAGGCUUAUUUAUUUAUUUUAUUAUUUUCUAACAGUCCGGUAAACAGCAUAAACCUUUACACAAUUUCUUGUUUUGUAUAUUUAAGUAAAUUUUAUUUUU